UGCACAAGAGUGAGAGGGAGAAAGAGAGAGAGGUAGCAUGCGAUCGCGCUUCCUUAACGUCGACUACUUCUGCCAUCCGCCGAGGGAUGUAGGCAUCGAUGACCUCGACUUCCUCGCACUAUCGAUUCCAGAGCCAUGCACUUCCGAUCAGCUUCCUGAAGGAGAAGUUUGUUAUGCGGACCUCGUUCUCACAGUUCCGUCAGACCUAGACCCCCUCUGCUUCGAGAACGCGCUAUCCUGUUUCGUCUCUGCUGCCGUUCCCAGAUUAUAUGACGAUCAGUUAGGAGCCGGAGAGUUUCAGUCAGACCAGAGUGAGACCAACAACUUCAAUGAGCAACAGCAGGAUGGAAAAUAUGAAGCAAAUGAGAAGGACGAACAUGAGUCGGUUAGCUCGGCGCGGAAGACAAUAAUAUUUAAAGGACACUUAUUUGAGGAACCAGAAAUCAGCUCUUCUACAUUAAAUCCAGUAUAUGUUUCAGGCUCCUUUUAUCAAAGAGCUACCAGGUGCAACUCAAAUGAUGCUUUUGAUAGUAUAUCUGGAGCUGCUAGCUCAUAUCUUAAGGAGCUUGUUGGACAAAUUGAUCUUGUGGAUGCCAUGAACCUCAAUCAUGUUGAAGACAAAAAAAGUUUUCAUUUUUGUGAAGCUGCUGGUUACGAGAGGAAAGAAAAACAACUAUUUUUGCCAAAAGUAUCUCUCUUUGAAGCCUGUGAGAUUGGUCCACUCGUGUGUAGUCAUUCCAUGGCAGAGGCAUUUCAUUUUCUUGUUACAGAUAUCAGACUCCACCUCUUGGAAGACAAUGGUUUAGAGCAAGCCCACUGUGUGUACCAAUCCUCUUUCAAUGUUCGCACACUGGAUAGUCUUCCAGCUUGUGCCCUACAUCUACGCAUUCUAGAUUUGGAGCUUCAGCCAUCAGGAAUAGAGUCACAUACAGAGAUUAUAUCUGAUACCUGUUUGCUUUUAAAGACAUUGAACAGUUCUCAUGUACCAUCAGUACAUAACUUUGUGUUCGAUGAGGUUUGGGUUCUUGAUAUAUUUGGCAUGGACCUGAUCAUGUUUUAUGAUAGCUCUAUAGUACCUAUUGACAAUGAAUUUUCAGUGCCUCUAUUAGCAGAUUUGUCCUCAAUUGGAAGCUUCUAUGAAGCUAUUGUUGCCCCUGAGCUAGCUCAGGCAGAUGAUAUGAUCAAGUCAUUGCCAGUUCCUCUUCUAGAAGAUAACGACAUAAUAUCAAUCUCAAAAAUUGUUGAGGCCAUUUUCUGUGAUAUGAAGCUAUGUUUUUCUUCCGCAAGUGAUCAGAUAUAUCUAGAUUGGCAUGUUUCACAAGAAAAUGAAUGCAGUCAUUUGGGUUGUUGUCUCUGCAGAAACAAAUUAGACAUCAUAACUUCCUGUGAGAUGCCAUCUACAAGUGAGUCUCUAAAGGAUGAUGUGCUCAUUAAUAUAAUGCUUUUUGAUAAUUCUUUGAGUAAGUCAGUAUUGCACCAAUUAAAGGAAGCAUGUGAAACCAUCCCCAAUCCACUAUCCAGAAAAGAGGGCAUUGGAAUGCUUCCAGAUGGUGAAACCAUUGCUCACAAGAACUCAGAAAAAGUCUCUGUGUUGCUGGAAUCUACGACACUAGCAAGUGAUGCACAAAAAGGAAUUGCCACAAAAAAUUAUCAAGAUGGAGUGCAUAACAAAACCGUUGAAGAAAGAAUUCACAUGGUUUCAUCCUCUGCAAAUUUCAGUAAGUCAUGCAGUUCUUCAGGCAUGAUUGUUCAUGAAAAGAAUUUUGAGACUCAUGUGAUACACCUUUCUGAUGUUAUCCUGAAUAUUGUGAACAAAAUCUAUGGAAGCUAUAUAUCAACCUUAGGAAACGAGAAAGAGUUGCAGAGUAGCUGCACAACUGGUGAUGCUGAUGUGCACAGGCUUCGAAAGAAGAAGCUUAUGAAGCUGCUUACAAAUUUAACUGAAUCAGCUUUGGCGUGUCAAGAUGAAGGCGUUAUGCAUUUGAUUGUGUUAUAUACUCUGAAGCAGAUGGCAUAUUAUGUGUGUUUCUUGGGCAUCCACACAUGCUAUUUCUAUAUGAGAAACUUUUUGCAGAGAUUUAGAAGUUUAGGAAACAGAUUAGCCUGUCUUAAAUCCUUAGUUGAAGAUGCAUAUCAUAAAGCAGAGAAAGAUGUAAUUGAGUUUCAUCCUGCCUUAUCUGUCAUUGAGGAAAUACUGCAGGCAUGCCCUUCUCAAAGUAGUAAAAUACUGAUUGUGGCAGAAAGAGCUUUUUGGUGGCCUUUGACUAGGAAGCUGGCUGGUCUGAGAAUAUCAUUUCAAGAACUAAGAUUCAAAAGUUCAUUGUCUUACCAAGUGGAUGUGGUGGGAUGCAUCAAUGAGGUUUUGUUGGAGACGGAUUGCCUGAUAAUAUCCAGAGACACUGUUCUGGAGUAUGGAGGACAGUAUGGCUUCUCUAGUGUGACAAACAUUUCUCAGCGGGCUAUUGGAAUGCACCAUGUUCAUUUCCUGAAAAUAAAUUUGGAGGAUCUGGAUGUCUCCACUGUUACUUCUGAAGGCUUCAACAUCUUCCAGCAUCUUGAAUUGUCAAUGGAGGAGAGUUAUCAACCAUUGCCUCAGAUGGUAGGUCUCAAUAAUCAGGAGUUGGACAAUCUUCUAAAUUUUGAUCCCACCUUGGAGGAGGAUUACAAAUUAGCAAAUGUGGCGCUUACUGUUAAAGUUGGGGCAGGAAUUAUUCUUCAAGAUAAUCCAAAUGUGCCACUUCCAAGGGACCCUGACUUUACUGAUUCAUCGAGCCCUUUAUUUCCCAGUAUAGUUGUCAUUACAAACACACAGAAGUUCAGUCAUGAGUUGCUAAUGUCUAGAAGAAGCUCAUACCAGAAGAUACUUGCUAUGGAGAAGGAUGGAAUUCAAGUUGUGGAAAGAGAGAUGCAUCUGCCAGUGGACCUCAUCUUUAGCUCUUCUACUUGCCUACUGUGGUUUGAUGCUAAAAGAGUCAUGUCGAGUUUUCCUGAAGUCAUCCCUCCCUCCAUGCCAUUGUGUGUGGAGAGUAUCGCAACCAAUCUUCUAAUGUCACUUAGCUUCCGUUUUAGUGACUGCAUACUGAUCUUUGAAGGAGAAGCUGGUUUCCUUUCAGCUGUUAUGGAAUCAUCAGAUGGCCUAUAUGCUGCCGCUGCUAGUUUGGACAUGCAUCUACAGCUCUUCUUUUCUGGAUCCUCCGACUUAACAGACAAGAUAGUCCUUAGCUGCAUUAAGUAUGCCUUGAAGUUGAACAAAUGCCAAUGCCCUGCAAUGCUUGAAUCAGAGACACUUGCAGAAUCAUUUCUUGCAAGUUUUCCAUCCAUAAAUCCACUUUCAGCUCAUAUGCUGCUGUCCUGUGAGGCCACCAUCUCUGAAAUUUUUGAGUGGUCAUGUGAGCAGAGACUACAAGCUGUUCAGAAGUAUCAUGUUCCAGAAGACAGCAUUUUCCUGUUCAGCUUUCUGUGCAGAUUUGGGGAUCUUGGUGAGUCAACAUCUGGGGUGACUGAGUGUUCAUCAACAGUGUCUUCUGCCUUUGAUUCUGACAGCAACUACCUUAAAAUGCAAUCACCACGGAAAAAGCAAAAGUACAACAGAGAUGCUCACUUGUUUGACAUUCCAACUAAUGAAUCCCUGCAUUUUGUUCAAGAAAGGAAAUGUGAUAGUACUUCUAGGCUUCCAAGAAAGUUCACGUCAAAACCUGACAAAGUUUGCUUUAAUAGUCCAGACUCAUUCUCUUUCCCAUCAAGUGAGAUUCAACAUCCAGACUUGCAGCUGGAGCCUGGUGCUUCUGGGACAAAGCAGAUGAAAUGGAAUGGCUUUUACCAGACUGAGGGUUGUCACGGAGUUAUAAAACAGGAGCCAAGGGAUUUCAAGCUUCCCAUCUUGAAACAGAACUUUCUUUCAUCUCCAGAAAAUCGAUUUUCCACAUGGGAAUCAGAAGGGGCUGGAAAGGGAACUGAAAGUUUAACGACACAUGGUGAUUGUUCUCUUCUAUUUGGCAAAUCCAGACUUGCUGGUUUCGCAUCUGCAGAUAGUGACAUUGAUUCUGAUAUUUGGACUUCUUUUCUGGACUCAAAAUAUAGUUUAAACAAGGAAUUCUGUGGGCAAAAUCCUAAUGAAAAAAUGGAAGGUUUUUAUAGAAAAGAUGAAGAAGAUAUGUUGCAGGAGGGCAUUGAAAAAUGGAAAUCUAGGAGAGAUUCCAUAAAUAUACAAUUUCAAGAGGAGGUAACUUCGCCAGGUUAUAUUGACAAUUCUUACUUGAAAUCAUCUGGUUUGCAACAUGGGCCUCCUUGGACUGGUGAGUUCCUUAAGAGAAUCAAGCUGAAGAUGAAAAUGCAUGAUAAGUUCAUAGGUGGAAACCAUUCAGGGAAAACUCUGAGCAAAAAACAAAGUUUAAAAAGAAAGAGUCCAUCAAUUCUUGAUUCAUAUAGGUACCAGGGAAGCAGCAGCAAAGAGAAGAAUGUGAGCAACCCAAAAUGGCGUAAGGUUUUUAAACUAGCACAUUAUCCAUCUGGGAACAAAAACUGACCUGCUGAUUAGUACCAUCAUGGACCCUAACGGCAAGAGAUGUAAGCAGAGUUUGUCUUUCAUGAGGAAUGGAAAUGAAAAGCAAAUAAGUUAGUUAAUUGAACAAGGUGUUCAAGGCUUGAGGAAGAGAUCAUGACAGAACUUGGACUGUAAUUGGAGAUGGUAGACAAUUUAUUGCGGGGCUGUGGCCAUUACUUCCGAGCUUGCAUUCAUUAAAGAACUCAUGCCCUGAGCUGCUUUCUGAACUCGAUGAUGCUGAGGUGGCACCAGAUCUUCCAAAAACUUUGAGAUUGCUA